CCCCGACCUCUCGCCAUUUCUCCCAAUCCCUCAAAAACCCCAUCGCCCACUCACUCCGAUCGACCCCAUUCCAUUCCUCUUCCUUCCUAGGGUUUCGCGAACCUUCAUCUUUGGUCAGGCAACCUCCUCAUACCUCCUCGCUCUAGCUCUCUUCACCGCUGUCGGCCAUGGCCACCACUACCUUCCCCACCUCAACCCCCUUCUUCGCGGCCCACCACGGGCCCCGCCGGAGCCGCCCCUCAGUAUCCGCCGCGGUCUACAGCCGGAGCCGCCGGUGGCGCCCGCUGCGGGUGGCGUGCGAGAAGGUGGUGGGGAUCGACCUGGGCACCACCAACUCCGCGGUGGCCGCCAUGGAGGGCGGCAAGCCCACGAUCGUCACCAACGCGGAGGGCGCGCGGACCACGCCCUCCGUCGUGGCGUACACCAAGUCCGGGGACCGCCUCGUGGGCCAGAUCGCCAAGCGCCAGGCCGUCGUUAACCCGGAGAACACAUUCUUCUCCGUCAAGCGCUUCAUCGGCCGCAAGAUGAACGAGGUCGACGAGGAGUCCAAGCAGGUCUCCUACCGCGUCAUCAGGGACGACAAUGGCAACGUCAAGCUCGACUGCCCGGCGAUUGGCAAGCAGUUCGCUGCCGAGGAGAUCUCUGCGCAGGUGCUGAGAAAGCUGGUGGAUGACGCAUCAAAGUUUUUGAAUGACAAGGUCACAAAGGCAGUGAUCACAGUUCCUGCUUACUUCAAUGACUCGCAAAGGACUGCAACAAAAGAUGCUGGCCGAAUUGCUGGCCUGGAGGUUCUGCGUAUUAUAAAUGAGCCUACGGCGGCAUCGCUAGCUUAUGGUUUUGAGAAAAAGAACAAUGAAACGAUUCUGGUUUUUGACCUUGGAGGUGGCACCUUCGAUGUUUCAGUACUUGAAGUUGGUGAUGGUGUUUUUGAGGUGCUGUCGACAUCGGGUGACACUCACCUUGGUGGUGAUGACUUCGACAAGAAAAUUGUCGACUGGCUGGCUGGAAACUUCAAGAAUGAUGAGGGUAUUGACUUGCUGAAAGAUAAGCAAGCUCUGCAGCGACUGACAGAAGCAGCUGAAAAGGCAAAGAUGGAGCUGUCAUCCCUGACCCAAACAAAUAUUAGUUUGCCUUUUAUUACAGCCACUGCAGAUGGUCCCAAGCAUAUUGAGACAACUCUUACCAGGGCUAAAUUUGAGGAGCUGUGCUCAGAUCUCCUUGAUAGGCUGAAGACCCCUGUGGACAAUGCCCUUCGAGAUGCGAAGUUGCAAUUCAAAGACAUUGAUGAGGUCAUUCUUGUUGGCGGUUCAACUAGAAUACCAGCUGUUCAAGAGAUUGUCAAGAAAAUGACAGGAAAGGACCCCAAUGUGACUGUCAAUCCGGAUGAGGUUGUUGCACUUGGAGCAGCCGUGCAGGCUGGAGUUUUGUCGGGCGAUGUCAGCGACAUUGUCCUUCUUGAUGUCACCCCUCUGUCACUUGGUUUGGAGACGCUGGGUGGUGUUAUGACCAAGAUUAUCCCAAGGAACACAACACUGCCUACCUCAAAGUCGGAAGUCUUCUCAACUGCUGCUGAUGGGCAGACAAGUGUGGAGAUCAAUGUUCUCCAAGGAGAAAGAGAGUUUGUCCGGGACAACAAGUCUCUUGGUAGUUUCCGACUUGAUGGGAUUCCUCCUGCCCCCCGUGGUGUUCCACAAAUUGAAGUCAAGUUUGACAUUGACGCCAACGGUAUCCUCUCUGUCACUGCGGUGGACAAGGGCACAGGGAAGAAGCAGGACAUCACAAUCACUGGGGCCAGCACACUGCCAAAGGAUGAGGUGGAGAGGAUGGUUGAUGAAGCUGAGAAAUUCGCGAAGGAGGACAAGGAGAAGAGAGAUGCCAUCGACACCAAGAACCAAGCUGAGUCAGUAAUCUAUCAGACUGAGAAGCAACUGAAGGAGCUCGGCGACAAGGUCCCAGGGGAAGUUAAAGGGAAGGUGGAGUCGAAGCUGCAGGAGCUCAAGGAUGCUGUUGCUGGUGGCUCCACACAGACGAUGAAGGAUGCUUUGAGUGCAUUGAACCAGGAAGUCAUGCAGCUUGGGCAGUCGCUCUACAGCCAGCAGGGUGCCCAAGGAGCUGGUCCUGCCCCAGGGGCUGACGCCACUGCUGGUUCAGCUGGUUCAUCUGAGAAGCCAGGCGAUGAAGGCGAUGUCAUUGACGCUGAUUUUACCGACAGCAAAUGAGGGGCGUGUUAGGUUUAGAUUGGGUUUGCGGGGGACUUGUAGUGCCGGAGGCAUUUGUUCCACAAGAUGGUGUAGGAUGUGUGGGGUGUACUUUUUGGUAGAUUGACACCUGAGCACUGAGGUGAGGUCGGGCAAGUUCAGAUUUGACUGUCAAAUGAAUACAUAGGCCGCCUUCUGUUUUCCUGCUUUCUUUGCUUCUGAUGAUGGCUAAUGUAAAUGGCUACCUUUUAUUGCCUAGGGAUACAGUGGAUGCUGUUGAAGUACAUAAAGUCACGAGCUUAUUAGGAAGCCCAA